AGGACGCGCCUUCUCUCAUUAUCAAAAACUGCUUCUUCGGCACGCAGGGACGUCGUAGUUACACGGGAUAUAAGCAGACUGUCUGGCGAAAAUAGUUUUCUUAGUGGUCUGAAGCAGUCGGUGGAGUGCCAUUAGGAUGGUAAUCAGGGUGUACAUCGCCUCAUCGUCUGGAUCUAUCGCGGUGAAGAAGCGUCAGCAGGCCAUCGUGGGUUUCUUAGAGGCUAACAGGAUCAGUUUUGAAGAGGUGGAUAUCACCAUGCUGGAGGAAGAGAGACUCUGGAUGUACCGGCACAUUCCAGAAGAGAAAUACCCACAGAAGGGCAACCCACUCCCUCCACAGAUCUUUAAUGGAGAGCAGUACUGUGGGGAUUAUGAAGAUUUCUUCCAAUCUAAAGAGAACAACACUGUGUUUUCAUUUCUACGUCUCAGCCCUCAUCCUCCAGUGAAGGAUUGUGAAUCAUAGACAUUGAAUGGAUAUUCCUGCGUUCCAGAACAUUCCUAGAGACACUGUGACACUUCUUUUUGCAUCACCUUCUUUUUCCUGAGCACAGGAUGCCGAUGCUGUUGCCCAUGUUUUUUGCCAAACACUGAGGAGCCCACGGCCAUGCUCAACUCAAAGACCCCCCGCCCCCACCCCCCAAAAAGCCGACCACCUUACUGUAACCCUAACACACAGCACUGGUGAAGGAGAUUUCCUUUUGGCCCGUGGACAUGUUUCUAUUUUUAUUUUGUUUGUUUUGUAAAGACUAAAGAGGUUUCAAAGGCAGUAAACUGUAGCAGGACACCCCCACCCUUGGAGUAGCGUGUGCGUAGUGAGGGGUUGACUUUAGAGAGAGCAGAGUAAGUGUGAAAACACAAAUGUGAUAGUAGUGUUAGUGUAUCUGUGUAUGGAAUGAAUGUUAAACAUCCACCCAAGUUUUGAUGUCUUUUUUUUUUUAAUUGUGGACAUAUGUAUGUAUGUCUUUGUAUUAACAUAUUGAUGAUCAACUAUGCUCUAAAGCAAGGUCUUUAGGCAGGUCACUGACAUAGGUGUCUGUCUGGGCAUAUAUGUCUGCAUGUAUCUGUUUAUUGGUGUGUGUGUGUGUCUGUGUGUGAGUGUGUUAGUAUGCUUGUGAGCGCACGUCUGUGUUUGUGCGUACAUGUAUGUAUGUGCAGGUGUACACGCAUGUGUGUAAGCAUGUAAGGAAAUAGCCAUGGCUUCUCUAUUGUAUUUCUCAUUGAGAUUUCUGUAUUCAGUGAAUUGCGAAGCUCAGGUCGGAAUGCCUUUCUUUAGAGGAGAAAAAAGGAUCAACACUUAUCCACUGCCCCUCAGAUUUGUCCUCUGUGUCUUAGGGCCUUUCGAAGAAAUGCUCGCUCUCUCUCUCUCUCUUACACACACAUAAACACACACACGCACACAGAGUCCAUAGCAGCUCUCACUAUCCUUUAUCUGGGGUGUAAAUUAGCAUGUAACUCACUGUGCUAUCCCAGCUGUCAGACUGUCAGUGCAUAUUUGACAGAAGAUGUAGCUUAUGAUUAUGUAGCAGUGUACUUAUCAUGUAGUCCUGUACAACAGAUGAAGUGAGUUUGUAAUGUGGAAUGUUUUCAGUGACCUAAACGCACACAAGCACCAAAGGACUUCAGCUGUCACGUAUAAAAUCAGGUAUGGUAUUUUGCUUGACCAGCUCAUACAUGUCAGAUGACUCUUUAUGACGGUACUCUCUCUCUUUCUCUUUUCUCUUUUAUCCUCUCUCUCUGUCUCUCUCAUAUAUGCGCACGUAGUUCUCUCAGUACCCCCUCCACUCCCACUCUCUCUCUCUCUCUUAUUAAAUUAUUCUGGAUGGAUAAGCACUGCAUUGCUAUUUACACAUGAUGGACACACAGACCUUUUUCACCACACACAAUUGUAUUCCCAUGUCUCUCUCUCUCUCUCUCCCUCACACACACACACACACUCUCUCUU